AUGCUGUUCUUUUGGGCGGCACUACUAGGUGCCAAAGUCACCGGCGGCUAUUUCUAUAUCCAAAAAAACACGCAAAAGAACGUGCUGAAGAGCGUGAGAUUCGUAGAGAGCAACGUGAACGCCAGAUCGACAAGUAUUUCAAACGUAGGUUACGAGAGGAAGAACUCAAACAGCAGAAACACACCCACAACCGCAGAAAUAAUCACAAGCAUAACCGUAAGCACGUGGCCAGUGACAAAUCCAAGAAUAAGGAUUUCGAGGAUACUCAUAGUCUGUCCAGCUCAGAAACUCUUCGUGAAGAUAUAUCAUACUCUACAAGUUCGACGCACCAUCCGUCCGAGUGCUCACGUCACGCACCUUAUGACCCACAGCAGUACGCAGCACACCAGCUCUCCCACCCUGCCACAGACACGGCCGCAGCAGCGCCACGGCAUCGCGACAGGCCACCCCCUACGCCUCGCCGCCAGGGGUCGCCCAGGUCCAACCCUAGGGCUGCCUCAUGGGAUCACACGCAGGAUGCCACCAGGGUAUCUCCAAGGCCAUCUCCAAGGCCAUCUCCAAGACAUACUCAACCAAGAGUUUCCUCAUUGCCUCCCCAACCUAGGGCUACAAGCCCGCAUGUCCCGCGAAACAUUGAUUAAUCAAAUGGAAAUGGAACAAGAAUGCUUAAUGAUCAAAUUAUUGAAACAAAUCCAAUGCUUAGAAGUUGAAAAUUUAAUGAUAAAAAGGCAAUUGUAUAAAGUACAAAAACCUCCUACAAAGGAUCCUCAUUUUAUUCUGACUCAUUCAAAUUGGAAAAAUACCCCUUCUAUACGAAAAAAUCGUAGUAAUUUAUCUAAAAAUGUUACAUAUUCAAACACACCAAGAUCGAUCCAGUCAGACGGCUGCAUUCAAAACACAAACAUUAUUGAUCAUAAUUAUAAUGCUAAUCACCCCAAUAAUAAUAAUAAUAACAGUUACAAAUCCCGUCGGAAGAAUUCAUUUUCUCCUUUGGAAGCUUCUCCAAUUGAAGAAACUAAUUUGAAAGAAAAUUUAAAACUUUAA